AUUGAAGAUUAAGCACUGCAUAAACCAAGACAAGUGUGUUUGUUUCAUUUUGUAAACACUAUCUUCUGUGUUGCCUCCUCUUAUUUACUGACAAGCUAUUUCUUGUUUCAGUUGAUUGAACACUACAUAAAGAUGGAAGGUGGUGGAUCAGAUGUUAGAGAUAUAUUAGAACUUGAUCAAGGAAGUAAAUUUAUGACAAAAGAUGCUCUUCUUAAUGAUAAUAAGAAGAAACCAAUAAGAAAGUCUGAUAUAUCAUUUAAGAGACCUGAGGGUAUGCACAGAGAACUCUGGGGAUUAUUAUGGACUGAUAACAAAGAUGCACCACCACUGAUACCCACAGAUACUAACCAAGGAUAUAAACAGAUGAAAGCUAAGAUUGGCAUCAGUAAAGUUAGACCAUGGAAAUGGAUGCCAUUUAGUAAUCCAGCUAGAAAAGAUGGUGCAGUAUUUCAUCACUGGAGGAGAGUAGCAGAUGAAGGGAAAGAUUAUCCCUUUGCAAGGUUUAAUAAGGCUGUAGAUACACCAACAUACUCAGACCUUGAAUAUCAACAACAUCUCCAUGACGACAAUUGGACAAGACAGGAAACAGAUCAUUUGUUUGACCUUUGUAAAAAAUUUGACCUUCGAUUUGUAAUCAUGCAUGAUAGAUGGGAUAGAGAAAAAUAUGCCAACAGAAGUGUUGAAGAUCUUAAAGAAAGAUAUUAUGGAAUAUGUAGUAUUCUUACAAAGGUAAGAGCACCACAGGGAACAGAACCAAAGAUAUGGGCCUUUGAUGCAGAACAUGAAAGAAAAAGAAAACUACAAAUGACAAAAUUGUUUGAGAGGACUCAAGAAAAGAUUGAAGAGGAAGAACUUUUAAUAGCUGAAUUGAAAAAGAUUGAAUUGAGGAAGAAAGAGAGAGAGAAGAAAACACAGGAUCUACAGAAACUUAUAACAGCAGCUGAUAGUAAUAUAGACAGUAAAAAGGCAGACAAAAGACAAACAAAGAAAAAAAUACAUCUGCAACAGAAAUUCAAAGAAGUUGUAAAUCCAGACCAGUCAGGUAUAAAGUUUGCAGAUUUCAAAGCUUCAGGAGUAUCACUUAGAAGUCAAAGGAUGAAAUUGCCAGCAUCUAUUGGUCAGAAGAAAAUGAAAGCUAUAGAACAGGUGUUAGAGGAGUUAGGAAUAGAAUUUAACCCUAUGCCUACAGAAGAAGUAGUAUCGAUAUUUAAUGAGUUACGACAGGAUAUAGUUUUAUUGUAUGAACUGAAAUCAGCCUUAGCAAACUGUGAUUAUGAAACAGAAACGUUACGGCAUAGAUUAGAAACUGUAGCCCCUGGGAAGUCCUCUACAAUAGAAGGUUUAUCAUCCUUACCAGAAACACCAGUAACUCCAACAGAAACCACACCAAUGUUAGUUACACCUAGCAUGACACCAGAAUCUCCAAACAGUCAGAAAAAGUUAGCCGAAGCUAUUGAUGUUAUUGGAAGUGCUCCAGGCACACCUAAUAGGAAGAGAAAAGCAGCAUUGGAACAAAGAGACAUUCUUAAGAAAAUAACAAAAAAAGUGUAGCUGUUACAUGAAUCUAGUUUUCUUUUAUAUAAAAAUAUUAACACAUCCCGCAUGCAGCAGGAUGUUGACAUUGGAUUAAGUACGUGGUUAGAUAUAAGGAUAACAAGUUUGAAAUUGGGUCUGAAAGUGAUAGCAUUUGCAAGGAGAAUGUUUAAAGUCGUGUUCUGGAUAUAUGUAUUCCAUUCAUCAUGAUGGCUUUGUUAUAGUUGUAAUAAAACAGUGCAAUGUUAA